AUGACCAUGUCUGCAUCACAAAGUGAAGUGGAGUACUUGGCUUCCACUCUCAUCAAGAACGAGCAGCCUGUCACAUACCAGUCUUUGUCUCGAGAAUUGGGUGUUCAUGUGAACCAUGCCAAACUCGUAUUGUCUGAAUUCUACGAAAAGAACAAGGAUAAGCUCACUGCAUCUUUUGUGAUAACAGGACGUAAUAGCAACAGAACGUUGAUCAAAUUGAGCCGCAAUGAAGAAACAUUAGAAAACGAUGUAGCCCAAUUCGACAGGGUCACGACCAUCCAUAUCUAUUGCGUACAUCUGAAGCAAGUCAUAUUUUCCAAUAAUGAAAUAGCAUUUGAAGAGUUGAAACAUCCCAUAGAUAGUAGCAAGACUGAAAUAUACAUAAAGAACGGCUUGAUAAAGGGUCCUACUGUGAAAGAAGUCGAAAAGUCUACUUUGCCUAUACCUACACCAACAAAAACAAGUGCUACAAGACCUCCAGCAUCAGUACCAACUUCUACAGCUGCCAAGCCAGCAAAGAGUGCUGGGAUCACAUCUUCCUACGUUUCUAGAAAACAAGCGGCCAAUGACAAAAAAGUCAAUACGUUAUCGAAUUAUACUUCCAGAAAGGAAGAGUCCAAGAGAAAACCAGUGGAACAAGCUUCUUCAGGUUACCAGUAUAAGUCGCGUAAAUUGGACACCAAGACUCCGAAGGAACGAGUUAUUGUAUCGAAUCAUGGACCAGAUGAUGAUGUAGAGGCAGAAGACGAUUUUGUUCCAACAAGCAAAUCUGCUUCGAAGAAAGGCGAUCUCGAGAAGCUUUUCGAGGAUGAGUUCAGCGACUUUGAAGACGACCUGGUUCUCGAUAAUGCCGAGCCAAUUGCAGUGGAUGAUAAUAUUGUAAAUGAAGUAGAAAAACUCGAAGUAAAUGAUGAAACAGCCUCUCAAACAUCCCCCCAAAUAACUUCACGUCAACAGCUGACAGAACCCGAGUCGUUGCCAGAGAAAGAAGAAGAAGAGGAGAUCACACAAGAAGUCGACGAAGAUGGAUACAUUGUCACCUCGAAAAAAGCCAGACCACUGGCCAAGGCGAAAGCUACUUCUGGCAAAAAGACUCAAACCAAUUUAAUGAGCUUUUUCGGCAAGAAGUAG